AUGGAUGCAUUUUGUAUUCCAAUAAAACCAAAAACAGUGGAAAAUGAAGAUUUACUUGAGGAAGAAUCUACACAUCAAAGUAGCGAAAAAUCUGCUGAACUCGAAGUUAUGUCAAUAUUAGAGCCAGAACAAGGUAACAAUACUGUCUUAAAUUCUGAUAGGGGAUUGUAUCCGUGUGAAAUUUCGGAUGAAUUGAAACGAACUAUUUUAUCACUGGAACCAAGCCGACCAAGAGGACCGUUUCCCAAAAAUAGCAAAGUAUUGUCUUACAUUAACUUGGCUUCAAAAACACUUCAAAGUCCCGAUAUCACUUUAGAGGAAGCUUGUGAUUUGCUCGAAAGUGUUAGUUGUAAUAUGAUGGCUCUUCGAAAUGAUUUUUCUUCUCUUUUACAAGAAGCUGAAGUCGUUGCUAAAAGCUGGCAGAUAGAUAUAUCGUUCGUUCAGAGCCGGCAACGUAAAGUCAAAAUAUUUUAUGACGAAUUGUCAGAGGACUUUCGCUUCAAUGAGCCUAGUGAAAAAUUCCGUAUUACUGUAUUCAACGCGUCUUUAGAUGUACAGAUUAGUCAGUUGAAAACACGAUUCGCGAGUAUGCGGAAGAUUAAGGAUAAUUUUUCAUUUUUGAAUCCUUCGACAUUGAUCGACUCAAGCGAACGAGAAAUUGAAAAAUCGGCUCGGCAAUUAUGCGAUAAAUACGAAAAUGAUUUAUCUAACUGCCUAAUUGAAGAAAUUGCAAGUUUAAAGUGUACAGUUUCGAAAGUGAUAACAAGUCGGAAUCUUAAAACCAUAAGUGAUCUUGCGCAAUUUUUAUUCAUAGAUUACAAAAUAUUAGCCUCGAAUUUACCAAAUGUUUGUACAGCACUUAUUUUGACGUUACCGGUCACUUCUGCCUCAGCAGAGCGUUCGUUUUCGAAACUAAAGUUGAUAAAAACUUAUCUGCGUAGUACGAUGUCUCAAUCUCGCUUGAGCGGACUUGCAACUUUAAGCAUAGAACACGAAUUAGCUAGUAAACUCGAUUUAGAUAAAGUAAUUAAGGAAUUUGCUAGCGCAAAAAAACGCCGCGGUUUGCUGGCUUUGUAA